AUAUACCUCCUUUACUUCAGGGUCAGUUCCUGGAAACUUAUUUUGUUGUUUUGGCUUUGUGCCAUUUCCUUGUUUCUUUGUUUGCUUUGUACCUUUGUGUUGGAUCCAUGCAUUUAAGAAAAUGGCCAUUUCUCCAAGUCUUUAUAGAUUGGCUUUGUACAAGGAAAGACAUUCACAAAUCAGCCUAAUUAGAGAUUCUGAGUUCCUCUUAGAUAUUUUCUGUGUAUAUUUCUUCUCUGGAUUUGUGUAUGCAAAUUUUUAAUUAAAGAGAUUUGCUAGUUCACAUCUCCCUUUAGUUCUUAGUGUCCCCGAAGCUUCUAGAGUGUACUGAACUGUAUCAGUGUUUUUAAUCUAGUAAAAUAGAUUAAAGUCUGUUUUAAAGUAAAACAAGUUUCUUGGUCAGACCCCAAAAAGCUAUAACAAUUGAACACACACUUUACUCUUCUAUCUCCCCUCCCAGAUGGAGAAACCUUUGAACUAUGUUUGCCUCCGUCUUCUCUACUGCAUGUCCUGUGGAGUAGCAGCAAAUCGCACACAUCUCUUUUGUUUUCAGCAUUCCUCAGACAUCUAGAGUAUGACAGCCCUGUCAGCUUUCUGAGACAGAUGAGACACAAACCUAUUUCUCGAGCAGUUCCCCCAAGAAGACAGAAUGUGGGACACAGGCCACAAUCUUUUCCCUUCCUAGAGAGAAGCAGAGACUUAGGAGUUUUCACUCUCUCAUUCUAUGCCAAGCUGGGAGGAGGGAUUAUGGAAGAAGCCAAGAAUUGGGAGUUUUCUUCUGAUCAUGCUAUGCUGAGUUGGGCAGAGAGACCAUGGCAAGAAAUAAAUAGUCAACUUGCAAGAUAUCACUGCUUCUUUUAAGAAUGAUGGGUUUCCCAGGUGAUACAUGAAAGAAGAGAUAAUGACCAACUAUCUCCUUCAUCCUGGUCACACAAGAAGGUAGGCUAUGGACUCCUUUUGACAUUUCUGCCUCAGCAGCAGAGGAUAAAAGCCAAGCUGUGAUGGAUAAGUCACAAAAGUAAGAAAUACAGACGUGGACUACAGGCCUCUAAAGAAGAACUGAGCAUGCUGAGGAUCUAUGACAGACAUUGGACAUUUAUGAGGUGUUAGGAGGGACUGGUAACAUCUGAACAUACCAAAUGAAACAGGCAAACUCUUCCACCAUCGCUACCACGACAUUUUACCACAAAAGCAUGCCACUGCAUGUGGAUUCCAAGCAGGCUAAAAAGAAAAAGAACUGAUUAGACCUCAGAAGACCCACUGAACGGGAUGACGGCCACAGCUGAGGUAGAGACACCAAAAAUGGAGAAGAGUGCCUCCAAGGAAGAGAAGCAGCAGCCUAAGCAGGACAGCACAGAGCAGGGCAAUGCUGAUUCUGAAGAGUGGAUGAGCUCUGAGAGUGACCCUGAACAGAUAAGCCUUAAGAGUAGUGACAACAGCAAGAGCUGCCACCCUAGGGAUGGUCAGUUGAAGAAAAAGGAGAUGUCCUCCAAGCCACACCGCCAGCUCUGUCGAUCACCCUGCCUAGAUCGUCCAAGCUUCUCCCAGAGCAGCAUUUUACAGGAUGGUAAACUUGACUUGGAGAAGGAAUACCAAGCUAAGAUGGAGUUUGCUCUAAAGCUAGGCUAUGCAGAGGAACAGAUUCAAUCAGUGCUAAACAAGCUGGGACCAGAAUCACUUAUUAAUGAUGUAUUGGCAGAGCUUGUCAGACUUGGGAACAAAGGUGAUUCAGAAGGGCAGAUCAACUUGAGUCUGUUAGUGCCUCGUGGGCCCAGCUCUAGAGAGAUUGCAAGUCCUGAAUUGUCUCUUGAAGAUGAAAUAGACAACAGUGACAAUUUGAGGCCAGUUGUCAUUGAUGGAAGUAAUGUGGCAAUGAGCCAUGGGAAUAAAGAAGAAUUCUCCUGCAGAGGAAUACAACUUGCUGUGGAUUGGUUUCUAGAUAAAGGCCAUAAAGAUAUUACUGUAUUUGUGCCUGCAUGGAGAAAGGAGCAAUCCCGCCCUGAUGCACCAAUUUCCGAUCAAGAUAUUCUAAGAAAACUGGAGAAAGAAAAGAUUCUCGUCUUCACACCAUCCCGAAGAGUCCAAGGCAGGAGGGUUGUCUGCUAUGAUGACCGGUUCAUAGUCAAACUGGCUUUUGACUCUGAUGGCAUCAUUGUGUCCAAUGAUAACUACCGAGACCUUCAAGUUGAAAAGCCAGAAUGGAAGAAGUUUAUAGAGGAGCGGUUGCUGAUGUAUUCUUUUGUGAAUGACAAAUUUAUGCCUCCAGAUGAUCCUUUAGGACGCCAUGGCCCAAGCCUUGAAAAUUUCUUAAGAAAGAGACCCAUUGUUCCUGAGCAUAAGAAGCAACCAUGUCCUUAUGGCAAAAAAUGCACCUACGGCCACAAGUGCAAAUACUACCAUCCGGAGCGGGCCAACCAACCCCAGCGUUCGGUGGCUGAUGAGCUCCGCAUCAGUGCCAAACUGUCCACAGUGAAAACUAUGAGUGAAGGCACCCUGGCCAAGUGUGGCACAGGGAUGUCUAGUGCCAAAGGUGAGAUAACCUCAGAGGUCAAACGUGUGGCCCCCAAGCGCCAAUCAGAUCCCAGCAUCCGAUCUGUGGCUGUGGAGCCUGAGGAAUGGCUGUCUAUUGCCCGUAAGCCUGAGGCUAGUUCUGUCCCCUCUCUUGUGACUGCCCUAAGUGUCCCCACAAUCCCACCCCCUAAAAGCCAUGCAGUGGGUGCACUCAACACCCGUUCGGCCAGCAGCCCAGUGCCAGGAUCUUCCCAUUUCCCCCACCAGAAGGCCUCUUUGGAGCAUAUGGCCAGCAUGCAGUAUCCUCCCAUCCUGGUUACCAACAGCCAUGGGACCCCUAUUAGCUAUGCUGAGCAAUAUCCAAAAUUUGAAUCCAUGGGGGACCAUGGCUACUAUUCAAUGUUAGGCGAUUUCUCCAAACUGAACAUCAACAGCAUGCAUAAUCGAGAGUAUUACAUGGCUGAAGCAGACCGGGGGGUGUAUGCCCGGAAUCCUAACCUCUGUCCUGACAGCCGUGUGAGCCAUACCAGGAAUGACAACUAUUCCUCUUACAACAACGUGUAUUUGGCUGUUGCUGAUACCCAUCCUGAAGGCAAUUUGAAGCUGCACCGCUCAGCAUCCCAGAACCGACUUCAGCCUUUUCCUCAUGGUUACCAUGAAGCCUUAACACGAGUGCAGAGCUAUGGCCCAGAGGAUUCUAAGCAAGGCCCUCACAAACAGUCAGUCCCCCACUUAGCUCUGCAUGCCCAGCACCCAGCAACUGGAGCAUGUUCCAGCUGUCCUGCAGACUACCCCAUGCCUCCCAAUAUCCAUCCUGGGGCAGCCCCCCAGCCAGGCCGUGCCCUGGUGAUGACUCGGAUGGAUAGCAUUUCUGACUCCCGCCUCUAUGAGAGCAACCCUGUGAGGCAAAGACGACCUCCCCUGUGCCGGGAACAGCAUGCCAGCUGGGACCCGCUGCCCUGUGCAACUGACUCCUAUGGCUACCACUCCUAUCCCUUGAGUAACAACCUCAUGCAACCAUGUUAUGAGCCAGUCAUGGUACGGAGCGUGCCUGAAAAGAUGGAGCAGCUUUGGAGGAAUCCUUGGGUUGGAAUGUGCAAUGAUUCCAGGGAGCAUAUGAUCCCAGAGCACCAGUAUCAGACCUACAAGAACCUCUGCAAUAUUUUCCCUUCUAACAUCGUCCUUGCAGUGAUGGAGAAGAAUCCCCACACAGCAGAUGCCCAACAACUGGCAGCCUUGAUUGUUGCUAAGCUUAGGGCUGCACGUUGAUAUGACAUAGUACUUAUUUCUUUAUACAAAUAUGAAUAUUAAUACUAAUACACGAAUACAAUUAUAGUAACUAAUAAUUUGUGUUGCGCUUUACAAGUUAGAGUGUUUACAUCAUUUAAGCGCAUAACAACCCUGUGAGGUAGGUCUUAAUAACAUCCUCUUUUAUAGAGAAGGAAGCUGUAGCUCAGUGAAAUUAAGUGGCUAGCCAGGGUCACACUGCUAGCAAAUGACCAAGUCAAGACACACACCCAAGUCCUCUAAUUCCAAGUCCCAUGCCCUGUUGCACUGCACCAUGCAGGUAAGGGAGGACAAAACCCAGGGGGAGAGGUCUAGAUGCAAGAAACCCCAGAGGAUUCUUUCU